UGAUUUGGUUGAUUUAAAUUUACACGCAUUUAAAUUUAAUAAUCCCCUUUCAGGUUCUUUUCGAGAGUCACAUCAUUGCAUGAUGGGAUGUACAACAAGCCAUCAGAUCCCAUAGCCAAUCCAAUUGCUGCAUUCAAACUGGUCAAAAGACUUAAAUCCGAAUGGUUGAAUGUUGUCCAUAGCACUGAAGCUGAAGAAAACAUUAAAGUCCUUAGGGAGGACUACAGGAGGAUGGAAAGCAGUUUGCCCAAUCUGGAGGACCUUCGGGGGGCGGCGCAAGGGCUGAUGAGACUUCAGGAUGUGUACAAUCUGCGCGUAGAGAGCCUUGUGCGAGGUCACUUCCAGCAAAUCACUGAUCCUGUUGACUUUUACAAACUCCCUGUGUCCGAUAUGCUCUCUGGGGAUGAUUGCUUUCUUGUUGGAAAGGUAAGUGUUGAAAAAACACUAGCAGUCAUGCUCUGAAAGUUUUGUGAAUCUCUGGGAAAGCCUCUUGAAAAAAUGUGGUCCCACUUGAACACUUUUACUGAUGUAGAUUCCAUAGGCCUACUGCUCAGUUUAUUUAUUGACUGAUGCCUUUUUCUUUUAGCAUUCUUGUU